CCCACUCCGCCCAGGCUGCUCAUGCUUCACAGCAAGACAGUUAUUCCACGGGGUGUUUCGUCUUCCCCCAUUCUGGAUGUUAUGCUUUGCUCUCUGAGGAGACACCUUCUCACCAGAUCCUGGAUGAACGAAUUGUUUCCUGCUGGAAAGGAUACGUUCAUAUUUUUUUCCCCCUAGUCUAGGUUGGCAGUGACUGAAAGAGGUAGUUCUCGAAGCCCAUCCUCUGGCCCCUUGCUGGAGAAAAGAGUGCGUCAGUCACAGGCAGAAGUCAGGACAAACAAAGGGCUGUUUGUACAGCGUCUCCCGUCAGCCCUCCCUCUCCUCAUCCCCGUUAGCUCUUGCUCUCUCUGGAUACAUCUGAAAAGAUACAGCUGCCAAGAAAGUGAAAGGGAGUGAAGCAGAAGAGAAAGCACCCUGCUGCAGGAAGCGUUGCAGAAAUGAAGAUGGUCUCGGUGUUGCUUCUGCUGAGCGCCCUCCUGGGUACCCCCGCGGCGCCUUCCCGGCGUCCCUCUUGUUACAAGAGGGCCGUCAAAGACAGCAACUGUCACAACAUCCCCGAAGGCAUGGAGGACCUUCGACAAAUCGAUGAUGGCCUGCAAGAUCACUUUUGGGAGGGGAAGGGCUGCGAGGUGAUCUGUUACUGCAACUUGAAGGAAUUGCUCUGCUGCCCAAAGGAUAUUUUCUUUGGACCAAAGAUAUCUUUUGUGAUUCCCUGCAACAUUCAAUGAUGGACAUACAAGUCUGCUGGUGAAGACAACAGUCAUCAGUCUACAAUCAAGUAAUAAUGCUUUCAAGGGGAAAAACAAAACCGCCGCCACCAAAAAACCCCCUUCCUAACCACAAGACAGUGCAUCUUUUUACACUGCAGAAAAAAUUUCCUUUCUAUACCUUUCUGGAAUCUCAAAUAUGUAAGAAACUCUCCUUUCAAAUGUGGUAGCUGCCUUGAUUUCCAAAAUGGUGUGAAAGCCUGUACUAGCUUUUAAUGCAUCCUAAUAUGCACCCCUCAGCGAAAAGCCUAACUCAUGUUACUCAGCACAACAUUCACAACUAGUUUUGAUGAAGAAAUUCCAAGCUUAAGCCUUCACGUGGUUAAGGGUAGCAACCUACUGCAAGUGUAGGUUUCUAUUGCCUUACUGCCACCACACAGUUAGUAUUGCUUUAAGCUGAAGCUACGCAGUACCUGGCACUUCUGCAGACAGCCUCACACAUGCUAUUUAGGCAUCUUAAACCAAAUACAUACACAUACAAAAGGCAAACUUUCACCAUUCAUAUUUGAA